GAAGAAGCAAAGUCAGUUGGACGCUAACAGUUAAUGAUAACAGACGAACAAGCCACAGAAUAUAUUAUUUGUGUAUUAAAGAAAGUGUUUUUAAAAUGACGCGAUUUUCUACAAUUCGUGCGAUAAUUUUCGAACUUUUUACUGCAUUUUUGGUGAUUAAUCAAAUAAAUUCUGCAGCCGUUAAUACAGAAAAACCACCCGUUUUGAAUGUUGCAAUAAUUGGGGCUGGCACAUCAGGCCUCGCAAUAUCAAGAUAUUUGCUCGCUGAAAAAUAUAACGUGACUAUUUAUGAGCAAAGCGAACAGUUUGGUGGAAUCUGGUGGUACACCGAUAAAACGGGAAAGGACCAGUAUGGCGUCGGUGUUCAUUCGGCGAUGUAUCAAGGCUUAAGAACCAAUUUGCCACACCAGUUAAUGGAGUUUCCCGAUUUUCCAUACCCAAACGGAACUAUUCCAUAUCCACCGCAAGCCGAUGUUCUUAAUUAUCUUCAUUCCUAUGCCGAUCACUACGAUAUUAAGAAGCACAUUAAAUUGAAUCAUUUGGUCAUUCGUGUUCUUCCAAUCGAAGACGAUAAAUGGGAAGUGAUCGUGAAAGAUUUGCCAAACAAUGAAUUUCAAACAUUGACCUAUGACUAUGUGUUUGUUUGCAAUGGUCAUUUCUCUUCACCACGUUACCCUAGCAUUCCCGGCAUCAAAGAAUUCGAAGGAAAAAUGCUUCACAGCCACGAUUAUCGUAAACCCGAAUCUUUUCAAGACGAAAGUGUUCUUGUAAUCGGACUCGGACCCAGUGGAAUGGAUAUAACAGGACAAUUGUCAAAAGUUGCAACCCGAAUUACCUUCAGUCAGUUUAAACGUCCCAAUGAAACGAAGGAGGAACGGGAACAUCGUAAAAGUUUAUUGCCACCAAAAACCACACUUCAAGAUGAUGUAAAGCGCUUUACCACAAAUGGAGCCGAAUUCAUUGAUGGCACACAUGAAACAUUUUCUGCGGUCAUCUUUGCAACAGGCUAUAACUUCACAUAUCCAUUUUUGAGUGUUGAUACUGGUGUUCAAGUUGAUGAGAAUUGUGUUUCGCCACUCUAUAAACAAAUUUUCAAUAUCGAAUAUCCUACAAUGGUUUUUAUUGGCGUUCCAUUCACGGCGUGUACAACUAGAGUUUACGACUUACAGGCACGAUUUGCAAUGAAAUUCAUUACUGGUCAAAAGGAGCUACCGUCUAAAUCUGAAAUGUAUUCGGACAUGCAGUUUCAAUUGAAAGAGCACUAUGGCAAAGGCUAUCGCAAGCGUUACACUCACUAUUUGGGAAAGGAGCAAAAGGAAUACUUCAAACAGCUUUCGGAAAUUGCGGACAUUGAUAACAUUCCAUCCGUGAUGGCUGAUAUGCAUUAUGAUGCACGUGCAACAAUUCUAAAGGAUCCAGCUGAAUUUCGCAAAUAUAAAUACACCAUUAUCGAUGACAACACCUUCACUAAGGAAAGACACGAAGAUUAAUUUUGACCUAGCAGCAGACCACCAUUAUUAGUGACAUUAAUAGCUAUUUUAAAUCCAACAAUCCAAUAGAUAUUGAGAUAGUUUAAAUUUCGUAGCAUUAUUUGCAUUAUUUUCAAUGGAUUUUAUUAGUUUAAAAAAGAAAUGUCAUCUCGAUUAAUUUGUGGAUCGAUGAAACUGCACCAAUAAACUGAACGAUGUGUCACAAUUUAUAAGAAUUUAUGAACAAGAUUUCAAAAGUUUUUAUGAUGCUUAUCAAAACUUCUCCGCCAAUUUCACAUUCAGACUAACUAUCUUAAAAUAGCGGACAAUAUGAUUUUUAAAAAAUGGAUAAAUUACAAAAGCUCAGCAGUUCCCGAAUGGUUCAUUUGCGGACUUAAACGGAGAUGUUGCGGAGCUGUGUGGAGAUAGAUAUGAACAGUAUGCAAGAGGCGUGAACAGUAUACAACAGACGAGUGUAAAUCUUUAUUUGUGUGCGCGCAAUGGUUACUAUGCUUACGCAUGUUCUUCAAUACUGUUCAUGUCUAUCUCCACACAGCUCCGCAACAUCUCCGCUUAAGUCCGCAAAUGAACCAUUCGGGUUAGUAGAGUGUAUGAGAAUCAAAAGUACAAUUCUAUAUAACUCACUUGUUUAUAAACAGCCGAAAAGCAUAAGAAAUUAUAUCUUUGGGCCACUCAUUGCCUGUCAAAUAAAUCUCUUUCCAACAGAA